GGGCAAUGCCAAUGAAUUCUGGCCCGCCAACCCACAGGCUGUCAAUGCGAUGCCAGGAAAAAAAACGGUGCCCAGACCUUCGGUGAUGUGUCAGACAGACAGACCCUUGGUCCCGGUGUCUGGAUGGCUGUCCUGGCCUUGGUGUAGCGUCCCUCCCAUCCUCUCACCCCCCAGCUGCGAUCCUCAGAUACGGCUGCAUAUCGCCCUGUAAAAUGCCGUUACAAUAACCCAUGCGCCGCUACGCUGCAGACAGAACCCGCCCACGAGAUCCCAUUUCUUUUCCUAAUAUUCCAAAAUUACCUGCACCUAUCCUGUGCCAGUUAUCUGCCAGAGUAUAAAACCGAAGCCUCCCCCCAUUCUUCCUCCUCAUUCCAACCAACAAGUUCCCUACAAUGGCUGACAUCGAAUCUCCUGUCUACAAAGAAAACUCUGCCGGUGGUAAGACCGCCUUCAAGGACUAUGUCGAGAAGUUUGCUCACAUCGAAGACCCCUUGGAAAGAAGAAGAUUGGCCUUGGAGGAAAUCGACAACGCUGGCUUUGGCUGGACCCAAAUCAAGAUGAUUUUGAUUGCUGGUGUUGGUUUCAUGACUGACUCCUACGAUAUUUUCGCCAUCAACUUGGGUAUCACCAUGAUGUCCUACGUCUACUGGGCUGGUGCCAUGCCAGACUCCACCAACACCCUCUUGAAGGUUUCUACUUCCGUUGGUACUGUCAUUGGUCAGCUUUCCUUCGGUACCUUGGCCGAUAUUGUCGGAAGAAAGAAGAUCUACGGUUUGGAGUUGAUCAUCAUGAUUUUCGCUACCAUUUUCCAAUGUACUUUGGGAAGCUCCCCAGCCAUCAGUUUCGUUGCCAUCCUUGCCACCUUCAGAAUCAUCAUGGGUAUCGGUAUCGGUGGUGACUACCCAUUGUCUUCCAUUAUCUCCUCCGAAUUUUCCACCACCAAGUGGAGAGGUGCCAUCAUGGCCGCCGUUUUCUCCAACCAAGGUUUGGGUCAAGUUUUCGCUGGUAUCGUCUCCAUCAUCUUGGUUGCUGCCUACAAGGGUGACUUGGAACACGCCAAGACCGGUAAGGAAUGUGUGGGUGCCUGUGCUAAGGCCUGUGACCAGAUGUGGAGAGUCUUAGUGGGAUUCGGCUGUGUCCCAGGUUGUAUUGCCUUGUACUACAGAUUGACCAUUGCUGAGUCUCCAAGAUACUCCCUCGAUGUCGAAGAAGGUGACCAAAUCCAAAAGGUUGCUGACGUCGAAGCCGUUCUUGACAACGCUGCCCAAGACAUUGCCCCACCAAAGGCCUCUUUCAGAGACUUCUGGAGACACUUCGGUCAAUGGAGAUACGGUAAGAUUUUGCUCGGUACUGCUGGUUCUUGGUUCAUGUUGGAUGUUGCUUACUACGGUUUGGGUUUGAACACCGCUGUCAUCUUGCAAGCCAUUGGUUACGCCUCCACCGGUUCCGUCUACGACAGAUUGUACAACACUGCUGCUGGUAACUUGAUCUUGGUCUGUGCCGGUUCCUUGCCAGGUUACUGGUUCACCGUUGCCACCGUCGACACUGUCGGUAGAAAGCCUAUCCAACUCGGUGGUUUCAUCAUCUUGACCAUCUUGUUGUGUGCCAUCGGUUUCGGUUACCACAAGUUGAGUGAACACGGAUUGUUGGCCCUUUACGUCUUGGCCCAAUUCUUCCAAAACUUCGGUCCUAACACCACCACCUUCAUCACCCCAGGUGAAAUCUUCCCAACCAGAUACAGAUCCACCGCUCACGGUAUCUCUGCUGCUUCCGGUAAGGUUGGUGCCAUCAUUGCCCAAACCUGUAUUGGUACUUUGAUCAACCACAACUGUGCCAGAGACGGUAAGAAGAAGAACUGUUUCUUGCCUCACGUCAUGGAAAUCUUCGCCUUGUUCAUGUUGAUUGGUAUCUUCACCACCUUGUUGGUCCCAGAAACCAAGAGAAUGACCUUGGAAGAAAUCUGUGAGAAGUACCACGGUGAAGUUGACUCCACCAAGUUGUCCAGAGACAGAUACUCUGCUACUCAAGAAUCCUACGAUUCUGACUUGAAGCAAGAAGACAACUAAGCGUCUUAUAGCCUCGUUCCUACUUUUACAUUCAUUUCAUCUUAAUUUCAUUUUUAAAGGCUUCAAUUAUAACUCGUGUAGUUUAAUAGAACGAGCA